AUGUUCUUUAUUGAUUUCUGUUUUGUGUUGCCUUUGGUUAUCUUUUUUGCACCAAUAUAUGCUAUAUGUGAGAACAUUCAGGGCAUCACCAAACCUACGAUUCGUAGGUUGGCGAGAAGAGGUGGUGUUAAGAGAAUCAGUGGUUUGAUCUACGAAGAGACCAGAGGAGUUCUCAAGAUUUUCUUGGAGAACGUGAUUCGCGAUGCUGUCACCUACACCGAGCACGCUAGGAGGAAGACUGUUACUGCCAUGGACGUUGGCGUCGGCAUGACCAAAGCAGAUUUGGUGAACAAUUUGGGAACCAUUGCACGGUCUGGCACCAAGGAAUUCAUGGAGGCCUUGCAGGCUGGUGCUGACGUCAGCAUGAUCGGUCAAUUCGGCAUUGGUUUCUACUCCGCCUACCUCGUCGCCGAGAAAGUAAUCGUCACCACCAAGCACAACGACGAUGAACAAUGUUGUUUAUUCUAUCACCUCGGCGAGGUCGACAGCAUGGUCCUCGGCCAAGGUGGUUUUGACCACCAUGUCGUCAACAUAGACUUCCAUGUUCUGCCCGAUCUACUGGUGGAAAACCUUGUCCAUCAGUCGCUGGUAAGUGGCUCCUGCGUUCUUGAGACCGAAGGGCAUCACUCGGUAGCAGUAAUUGGCGUGAUCGGUAAUGAAUGA